UGAUAAUUACAAAGGCUUGCUGUGAUUCAACUCCACGCCAGUGAUCUCAAGGAAGUUCAGCUGAAUCARAUCCUCGCUGGUGGCCCGCAGACCUGCUGUUCUCGCUGCCGUGCCAGACCCGUGUGCAGAAACUGCAGAUUUGUCUCAGACUAACGCCUCCUCACAUCAAGGAUGCUGAUUCUUCUGGCUUUCAUUAUUGUGUUUCAUAUAACCUCAGCAGCGCUGCUGUUCAUCUCAACUAUUGACAAUGCCUGGUGGGUAGGAGAUAAUUUUUCUACAGAUGUGUGGAGAAUGUGUGACACCAAUACUAGCACCUGUACAGCUAUUACCGACGAAUUCAACGAUUAUCAAUCAAUUCAGGCUGUUCAGGCUACGAUGAUCCUGUCUACUAUUUUCUGUUGUGUGGCAUUUCUGGUUUUCAUUCUUCAACUCUUCCGUCUAAAACAAGGAGAAAGAUUUGUCUUAACUUCUAUUAUCCAGCUCCUGUCAUGUCUGUGUGUUAUGAUUGCAGCUUCCAUUUAUACAGAUAGGCACGAAGAACUGCACAAGAGCAGGCACUACAACGUGGAAGUUUCUCAAGGCCAGUAUGGCUAUUCCUUCAUCUUAGCCUGGAUUGCAUUUGCCUUUACCCUGAUCAGUGGCGUUAUGUACCUAGUAUUAAGGAAACGGAAAUAAAUGUCAGCAGCUGUUUCUGUUACUACAGUACAAAACCAAAUUCCAAUAAUCAUUUUGUAUAUAAUCAUUUACAUGGUUUUGUAGUAAAGCUAUUGUUUCUUUAAAAACGUACUGUGUUCUUGAUAUGAAGCAGAACAACAUUUGUUUGCAGGUCUAAUGGCACACUUGGCAUCUCUAGGUCAAGGGUGUGAGCAGCACACAAGCAAGCUGUUAGGUUUUGCCUAUUUCCUCAUCAUAAAUGUUUCCCCCUUAACUAGACAUUAACAGUUUAUUCCUGACCUCGAUUAGAUUACAAAGAAAGCAAGUGGUUAUUAAUAUUUAAGCAAUAUAUUAACCAUAUUCUUGUGCCUGAUCUCUCCCUCUGGGAUGGGAUAAAGAGGGGGUUAAAAAGGGAAGCCUGGAUCACAGUGUAAAAACACCUGUGGAAGCCCAAAGCAGCCCUCCGUGUGCGUGUUUGAAGAGGGGAACAGCACUCGGCUAUUUAUAGUGUGCACUAAGUGCCAUCAAGCUUUUAUUGAAACCACUUGCCUUGCAAAAGUAAACAAUUCCUUUUUGUACUCUGGCAGACGAGUCCUCUUUCAYGUUUAGUUUCAGUGUACAGAGCCUCUGGGAGGAGAAAUUACCAGCAAUUUCACUGCACAACUUGGGACUGGAAUAGCCUGAGCCAAGAGAUACCCCGUAGAAUCUCGUGGAUCCCUCCACUUUUGUAUUGUGCACGGUCUGUCUGGGGGGAAAAUACUUACCUUGCCUGCGCCUGCAAAUUUCUAAGUUGGAGAUGAAGCACCAUCAAAUUUGUUUUUUGUUUUUAUGGCCAAAAAACUCUGCAUAUUUACUACAGCAAAAUUUGGAUAUAUAGUAACUUGAUGUCUAAUGUAUCAUUUUGAAAAAGCACUCCUUGAGUCUGCUCACUAGAAAAUCAGCCUUUAAAAAUUUCAUUCUAAAUUCCUCUGUGGAUUUUACUUGAACUAAGCACUCCUACAUAAAUUGGGGUGUAAAUACUAUGUUUAUGAUUUCCACUAUAAUUUUUCAAAACAAAAUGCCUUGGUGACUUUUAUUUUUAAAUAAUUUUAUAUGUACUGUAAUACCAGGCUUAAAUGCUCAGCAGUGUAAUACUGGCUUUGCUUGAUGGUGAUUUAAGAGUUUGGAGACUAGUGUGGAGAGUGAAUGAAGUGGCUUUUUCUGGUUAGUCACAGCUUUGAUGUUUAAACACAUAUGUGACAUUAUAAAAGCACUAACCAUAUAUUUAUUCCAGUACAUUCACUACAGUUGCACCCCUACUACAGGCAAUAGAAUAGUAAAUAGAUUUUGAAUAAGCUUUUAUACUUAAUGUAAAACAAAUCCAUUAUUACAAAAUACUGUAGUUCCAUUUAAAUUGAUGCUACGGCAUUGCAUCAGCUAAUGGGUUGACCUAUUCAUYUUCAAAUAAUUUAUACUCAGUCUCUUACAAAGUAGAAGUUCAGGCAGCUAACUGUAUGAGAACUGCUUCCAAUAUAAAUAAUAUUGUUCAUUUGGUCUUUUGCGAGCAAAUAAUGCCCAUCAAGAGUGAUAACUAGCUAUACAAAGAAGUAGGACAACAAAGUGAAWAAAAGAUCAGCCCGAGUGAAAUGCUUUUUCAGCAGUUUAGUAGGAUGCUUUUUUUCCCCAGAGACUUUCCCUCUUAGCCAAGGAACCUUCUCAGUUUCAAUUCUUAAUAGCCCACUUGUUAAAGAGCAGCAUUACUACACUUGGCUGAAUCCCCUCAAAACCUGGGUUUCGUUAGCACGCAGAAGUUGUUUUGAAUAGUUAGAUGCAGGCAUAAGGUUGGAAGUAGAUGGACUAUAAACUAGACUUUUGCUAGUUUUAUUCAAACAUAAAAAAGGGARCUUUUAAAGCAAUUGUUUGGAUUUAAAAUACUACUUUAUAGAAGAAAGUUCUAUAAAAUUAUAAGCUAAGCUAUUGUGCCAUUGGUUUUGAAGAGAGCCUUCUUCAGUUUCCUGCUUUGGUCAUUUAUAGAGCAAUUAUUUAAAGAUGUAUAUAUCCAUGUGCACAGCUUGCUUCCACCAUAAAAAUGCUGUCCCUUUUAAUUAAAAAGGAAGAGCAUUCACGUAUACCACAAUGUACAAACAGCAAUGUAUAGCUGAUGCCACCUGAAACAGCGCAGACUUGAGUAUUCUGUGUACAGAGAAAAUAAAUAGCAAAAAAAGUUUGAACUAGAUUUUAGUAGGACAAACAUGUUUUAGAAUAUUCUUUCUACUUAAUAAGCCUUUAAAAUAUACCAUUUUCUAUGCUUUAUA